AUAUUCUAAAAACAUGGUUAAAGCUUGGUUUAUGGACAAUGAAACUACCGAUCAACGUUUGGAACAUCAUCGCAAUCCCCCCGAGUACAUUGAGAUUGAUGAACUUUUCAAGAAGACCGGCGUGGAAUAUUUUCUGAUUGAUGCUGAUAACUAUCAAACUGAUGAGGUGCUCCAGGACUUACGCAAGAAACGCAAUUAUUCGUAUGAAGAUGAGAUUACAUGUUCGGAAAAAUGUUUACCCGAUUAUGCCAAUAAAUUGAAGUCUUUCUUUACGGAGCAUUUACAUACCGAUGAAGAAAUUCGUUUAGUUUUAGAUGGUUCUGGAUAUUUUGAUGUUAGAGAUGACAAGGAAAAUUGGAUUCGCAUUGCCGUUACCAAAGGUGAUUUAAUUAUUAUUCCAGCUGGAAUCUAUCACCGUUUCACUUUGGACACCAAUAAUUAUGUUAAAGCUAAGCGUUACUUUGUCGGUGAACCCGUUUGGCUGCCUUAUAAUCGUCCAGCUGAUGAAAUGGAUUGUCGCAAAGAAUAUUUGAAACAUCAAUCCGAAGCAUUUGCCCAUUUAAAUAAAGUUUAA